CACAGAGACAGAGAGGCCCCUCCCCUCCUUCCAGGUUCCCCGACCUUUACGUGCUGCACAAAGGCCCAGCCAGCCAUCCACCAGCCGGGCCUCAACACCAUCUCACCGACCCUGCGUGCUUGGUGAGCCGGCUAUAGUCGAAGCGGUCUGCUGCAACCCUUCCAUUCUUACCUACACUUUUUUUUUUUUUUUUCCCCUUCUUACUUCAACUCCUUCUCCGUCGUGAACCAGCGCAUUUUUCAAACCACUUUCAACGUCGAGCGAACAGACAACUCGGACCCCUUGCAACGGAGAUCUCACGAGCGUAUCUUAUCUCCAAAACGCGGGGUUUGGGACGGAGGAAGUACUCCCCCCCCCCCCACAUACGUCCAACCACCUCCCUCGAAAACACGACGACAACGACGUCUGACGAUUACGAACGACCUUUCUCUAUAUCUCUGGCUACUUUUUUUUUGUUUCGAAAUUCAACGGCGUCAAAAAAACAUAAACCUCAAAAUGGAUGGACAGCAGCGCGACGAUCGCGCAGGACACAACUUCCAGAACAACAGAAUGCCGGCGAACGGAUCACAGCCCGCCGCGGGCCCUCGCAGACGGAAUGACGACUCGUGGGUAGAGGUCUCGUCACAGCCUUCUUCAUCGUCUCUUUCUUCCAUCGGCGACGAGAUCGUCACCACCGGUCUCCGAGUCGGUGGGUCCAUGGCCGCCCGCCGACGUCGCUUACAUCACCAAAACCAACCUGGGCCACGAUCUUUUCAUGUCGACCAGACGGCUAUUCACGCGGGUACAAGUAGCCAGGAGGAGUACGAGGAGAGUGAAAGCGAGGAGGACCGAUGUCUGACGAGCUCGACCGAGAACGUUCGGCCUCCGGUGCGAGCGUCGUUCCAACAGCAACCAUCGGCGCAGGAGGAUUCAGAGGACUCUGACGAUAGCGACGAGAUUGCUACAGCCCUGGGUCGUGUUUCCGAUGAUCCUGUCUUUAGACCUCAGCCAAACGCGUUCUCUCAUCCGCCCUCGGGCUUGGAUAGGAGGCACUCGGCCAGCUCGGCGAUCCACCAGCAUCCGCACAGCGGUGUAAGGCCCGCACUAUCCCAACGAUCUCAAACUAGAGUCAGCCGGGGCCCGCCAAACUUCAUGUCCCCCGCAUAUCAAGCCGAUAAUGACGCAGCUCUCCGUGCUUCCCUCACGACUCUGCUGUCGUGCGCCGCUGCCGCCCGUGGUCUGCCUAAGUAUAAGGAUACUGCCGAGCGGCAAGGCGCUCCGCCCGCGCAUGCCGGAGUCGGACCUAGUUCUCAACCUGUUGAGUUACGGCUGAUGCCCGAAUCUGAGCUCAUGGCUGAAAGACCUACCCAACCUCAGACCGCCUCACCUGCCAAGUCUCCCGCUGCCCGUCCGUCACGGACGGCGGCGUCUUCUGCCCCUUCAUCACCCAAGAGCGACGGUGUCGAUAAGCACAAGCGAACCUCUUCCUCACAGACACGCUCGUCCCGUGCGACAAAGAAGAAGAAGGUCGCGGCCAGCGAGGAUGCCCUCAUCAGCCCGACGUUGCUGACAUGGGUUGUGAGUGCUGGCGUUGUGGUGUUGGUGUCUGUGGUAGGAUUUGGCGCGGGCUACGUGAUCGGCCGUGAAGUAGGACGCCAGGAAGCUCUUUCAGCAGGAGUAGGCGUCAACGCCUCGGCAGUCGCAGACUCAUCUUCGUGCGGACGAGAAGUUAUUCGAUCGUCCGGCGGCGGUCUUCGUCGCCUGAGGUGGGGUGCGGGGGUUGGUCGAAGCGUUGUCGCCUGAGAUUUUUGAAUCGGCGUCGAUCGUCGAACAUGUCGUCUGAAUCAUGAAGUGUCGGAUGCUAUUUACGUACAGGCGGAUCCGGGGUACUGGAUCUUUUUGGGCUUCCGGACCUUUUCCUUCAUACACCUCUUGUCGGCUUUCUUCUCUUUUCGUCACGAACGGGUAUGAGCGCGGACAUUGACGACUAUAGACGACUGCAAGUUUUUCUCAUCUUUUCAUGGAUACCUCUUCUUCCUAAACGGGGGAAAGAAACGCGGAAUAUGCCUCGCAAACGAAAACGGGGGUUCAAACCGGGGUGGCUUGUGUGGUGCGGGGACAUUAUCAAUCUUCUUUCUCUGAGUCUCUCGUUCUUGAAUCUUCAUCUGAAAUGAUCAACGAUCUAUGAUCUGGGGUGUAGGAGUGGAAGUGGAGGAGACCAGCCAAGGAUCUAGGCCGGCAUGGCGUGAAGGCUUUUUUCUCUUGUUUAGGUCCAGUUCAGGGGGGGUUAUCGCGUACAAGUUCCUUUUUUUGAUUUGCUCGAAGCAUCAGGGCGGGGAGUUGUUCAAAGGUGUGAGGUUAUCGAUCGUAACCUCGACGCGGGGCUAUCGACCCCAUGGGCUAAAGUGAUUUUUUCUUCGUUUUUCUGCAAGCAAUCGGCCGGCGGACGUAUUUGAAACCCUCAAUUGCGGGACAGCAACGGGGUGUUUUUUUCUCUCCUCUCCGAAACACACGCCCUACAGGAGGUAGCUUUAAUCAAUCAACGGGGC